CAGCGCCGAGGCAGCGGCGGCGGAGCGCGGCUUCCCCCUCCCCUCCCCUUCCCCUCCCCGCCAAGGCGAUGGCCGAGCUGAAGUCGCUGGGCGGCGAGGCGUACCUGGCGCUGGCCCCGGGCUACGGCCCGUCGGCUUUCGCCUACGGGGCCGUGCGCGGCGGUGCCGAGGGCCCGCGGGGGGCCUGCCCGGGGGGCGGCGGGGCGGACUUCCACCCCGGGGCGCUGGGCAAGUCGGCGGAGAGUAGCGGCGAGCAGAGCGGCGACGAGGAGGACGGCUUCGAGGCCGGGGUGAAGGGCGGCGCGGCCUUCGAGCGAGAGGGCAAGCUAAAGGGGGGAGCCCUGGGCAAGAAGCCCAAGGAGCAGCGCUCGCUGCGCCUCAGCAUCAACGCGCGGGAGCGGCGGAGGAUGCACGACCUGAACGACGCCUUGGACGGGCUGCGCUCCGUCAUCCCUUACGCCCACAGCCCCUCGGUGCGGAAGCUCUCCAAAAUCGCCACCCUGCUCCUGGCCAAGAACUACAUCCUCAUGCAGGCGCAGGCCCUGGAGGAGAUGCGGCGGCUGGUGGCCUACCUGAACCAGGGCCAGACGCUGAGCACCCCGCUGCCCGCCACCCUCAACCCCUUCGGACAGUCGGCCGUCUAUCCCUUCGGUGGCGCGGCCUUGCCCGGCUGCCCCGAGAAAUGCACUGCCUUCACGGGAGCCGCCUCCGCCCUCUGCAAACACUGUAAUGACAAGCCUUGACUUCUGGCUUCUUUGGGCUUUUUGGUUUUCUUUUCUUUUUUUUUUUUUGUGCACUUUUCUUUCCACUACCAUCAGCCCUGGCUUCCUACCAUCAGUUAAGUCUGGGUUUUCUUUUUGUUUGCUUCUCUUAAAUACUCCCUUCCCCGCACCCCAUUUGGAAAUAUUUGGCAGUUUAUGCGGACCCCAAAAACACCCACUUUCAACUUUGUUUAGUUACUCCCCACAUGCGACUUCAUCUGUAGAGUUAUUUCCUUCCCAGCCUGUUAGUGGACUGUGAGCAUAAUGUUGCUUUGCUGCUUGCUCUGAUCUACAAAGUUUUUGAGCAGCUUUUAAACUAAACUAUAGAAAAACAGGGAGGGAGAGAGAGAUCUGGAAAUGGAAACCUCAGUGAGUUUUCUUUGGCAUGAUCAACCUGUGUUAAAAAUAGCUUAAAAGGAGGGGGGGGAAGCAAAAUCCAGCUGCACAACUAUGCAAUGUUUCAGAAUCGUGGAGGGUGUUGUCCUAUGUAGCCAGCUGGGGUUGGACUGCACCCGCAAAUCCAAAUGAAAAUGUCAUUUGGUCAGCUCAUGGGAGGGGGGAAGUUUGGUGCUCUUGAUAAAACAACAGAUGCUUCAAAAUAAGAUGCUUUUUUUGCUCUUAAAAAAAAAAAAAAGGAAAAAACCCUGUUCUUGAACUGAGAGGAACCUGUGAUUGUAUGCUAGUGCUUGCUUUUUGCCUGUUUCUCAGCUUGGUUAAGUUUUCCAGAUGAUUUUCCAAAGUCAUUGCUCAUCAUGAUAAACAAAGCAAAAGGUCACUUAACAUAUUUAUAUGUAUUUAUAAUAAAUAAAAGACAUGAAUAACCACUUUCUCUGUCCUACAUGUCUCUAAAACCAGCUGGCAGUCAAAGCAAAACCCCUGCUGAAGUAAGGUAAAGCGGAGACGGACGCGGCAGUCCUUUGCAGAGGAGCAGCGUUGUGAAGUUAGGUGAAUGAUGGGAAUACUUGGAAAAAGCUUGUGGACGUUCAGCUCCUUAUCAGCAGGGAUUUGUUUUUUCUCCAGUUUCUCAUGAAUCGUGAGCACACAAAAAAAUGCUGUUUAUGCCCGACAUUUAGAGUUAAGUAGGUAGAGAAUUAGCUUGCGUAUUUUGACACUUGCUGGAGAAUGCUGUGCCCUGAAAGUGGUGUUUAAAAGGGGUUAUUGUAGCAUCGAGCUUGGCUCUGAGGACACCCAUGUAAAACAUGGCAGGGAAGGAAAUUGCUUAAAGACUCUGCUUAUCCCUUUGGCUUGGUUUUCUGUUGUAUCUACAGCUUGACCCUACACCUACGUGUGGGGUUUGGGCCACUUAAUAUCAUGACUAAACUAAUAAUCUCUUGCCAAGUAUUGACUGUGUUAGUACAAGUUACAAAGUGAAAGUUUUUGGUGUUGCUUGUGUUGGUUUACUUUGGUUUUCUGGUUUAUGAUGUUUAACGCUUUGGUGCCUUGUAUGCUUCACUCGUCAUUAUAUAAUAAUAAUAAUUGAGGUGCAUUCAGUGA